CACAAGGAAACCGCCCGAGUUAGAAACGAAGACAACCAGUCCCCGACACUGCAUGGACAACCUUCUUUCUUGGACAACCAGCAGGGGCCAUCUUGAGAUCCUACACUCCCAUAAAAAGCAACGAAACAAAAAGCAAGCAACAAAAAGAAACCAAAAAUAACCACUACCGAAGCCGCAAAAUGUCAGAAAUCUACCUUGUUACGGGUGCGAAUGGUGGCUUGGGCCUUGACUCGGUUCGACGCCUGGCCCUCAUGCCCAGCACCAAGAAAGUGUACAUGACAUGUCGUUCUGAAAGCAAGGCAUCAGCUGCCAUGGACACACUCAAAGGCAAGGGUGUGGAUACCAGCAAGCUUCAGUAUGUCCAUUUUGACGCAUCUGAAACCCAGGAAGAAAUCUUUCAAAUUGUGGACUCUCUUGAGGAUGAACCCAUUAAUGGGUUGAUUCUCAAUGCUGGUGGUGUUGGAAAUGACAAGUCUAGGAAGCCAGUGGGACCAAAUCAUGUCCUCAAUAUUCACCAAAUCAACCUGAUUGGACACAUUCAGCUCGUUGAAGCACUGAAGCCAAAGCUGGCAGAAGGCUGCAGAAUUAUCUAUGCUGGAUCUGAAACAGCUCGUGGCGUACCCAUCAUGUUGAUUGGAAACUUCAAGAUGGGAGACACAAGUGAAUGGUACCAAGAUGAGCUCAAAGGAAAGUUUCAUGGCGUCUUCAGGGAUCCCAAUAUGCAUAUUUAUGCCAAGACAAAGGGGUUUGGUGUCUUGUACUUUGCUGAGUGGGCUCGACAGAACCCAAAGUACAAGGUGCUUGUAGUUUCUCCUGGUGGAACCUUGGGCACUGGUGUUUAUGAUGGAGAUGCCUUUCCACUUCAUUUUAGGUUGAGUUUGAGAGUCCCCGGUGCAAGGACCUUGACAAAGGUGUUGGGAAUCUUACACCCCUUGGAAGAUGGCACUGAUCGAUACAUUGAUGCUGUCACAGGUCAGUAUGAUGGCAGAUUUGAAUGUGGUGCUUUCAUUGCAUCCAAAAGAGGCACAACUGGCCCUGUCAGUGAUCAAAGUUCUCUUCGCUGGGCCAGGAAGUACAGCGAUCCAAAGAAGCAAAAGGCCGCCUUUGAAGCCUUAUCAGCCUUCACUGGUGUGUCAGAAUUUUCAAAUAAAAGAAAAACAGAUGACCAGGCAGAAUCUUAAAGCACGACGAAGAUACUAAAGAAAUCCUAUGCAUAACAACCGCGGUAUUUGUGAAACUACAAAGUGGCUGCUAUUUGUGUAAUCUACCUGGAGAUGUUACUAUACGGUACGGGUUUGCGUGCCAUAAAGUGACCAUGCACAACCCGAAAUGAAAUUUAGCCAAGAGACUGGGCGGAUCUCUUGGAGAUCUAGAGUAGCAUGUGGCUUGCUUCGAAAUAUAUCAAAUCUACAACUCUUAGUCUCAGCCAGAGAACAAUGCGAGUCUCAGUCAGAAACAGAAACAAACGAACGGACACAGGAAAGCAUCUAAUAUUGGUCCCAGGCAGAUAUAUGGUUUACUCUCUACCGGUAAGGUAAAUUCCAUUUGGUCGACUUUGAGCUGGGCCCCACUCCAUGUAGAGCAACCGAGCCUUGUCCAAAUCGGUUUCGGCCACCACACUGUUAUGCUCAGACGAUCCUUGACGUUGCCCUGCAAAUUUUGACCAAUUCGGCCCCAGAUCGCCAAUGUCGAUGUCCGAGCAGACCAAGGGAUUAGCGACAGGGGUGCUCGACUUGUGGAUUGUAGACGAGAAAUCCAUCACUUGCAAUGACGUCAUGGUCGUGGUGUGGACGCCAAUUCGGACGGAAAUGGUACUUCCCAUGCAGGCAAUGGUUUGCACAAUUUCUACGACGUCAUGCGAGUACCAAUGCGGCUUCGUCCUUCUUCAGUGAUGGCUUCAGUCAUUGUUUACUGCUCUUGAAUGACCUGUCGAUACGCCUGUACAUCCUUCUUAUUCUUAUUGUUGAGUGAAUCCAAGAAAUGUUCGACUGCCGCCACAAAUUUUUCCAAAUUCUCUUUUUACUUGAUUCACUCAGAAGACUCCGCUUGUUAGCAUACCGUCGAUGGAGAUGGGAUAGAGAUGAGAGAUAAGAUAAGGGAGACAAAAUGGGAGACUUCAGAGCAGCCAAAUGGAGGGACAAGAAGCAGAGUGAGAAGUGAGAAAAGGUUUCAAGCAAGGUUUGCCGUGUCAAGAAAAGGACAAAACCGGUACAAGGUGACUCACUCGAUUGAAGAAAGCUAUUUAAAAUAACAGUUCCUAUUUCCUAUGCCUUCCUGUAAAUAUUUAUUUAAUUAAUGAUUCGAGUACACACAAAAUUGAUGACUCAAUUGCUGUAAAA